AUGAAGAGCGAUCCACUAAUUGGAUUGGUGAAGCAGUUAGGGGGGUCCAGACGGAAUGCACUUUUAAACUGGUGCCAAAAUAAACUUAGCUGUUACAAUGGUGUUGAGGUAACGAAUUUUAGCAGCAGUUGGAACGAUGGUCUGGCUCUGUGCGCUCUGCUGCACUCCUAUGCUCCCAGCUGCAUCAACUACGUACAACUGAAGUCUGCUAAUGUGAAACAAAACUUUCAAUUGGCAUUCGAGGCAGCAGAAAAACUCGGCUUACAUCUCGGCAACGAUGACGUUCUGUCAGACUUAAUAGCCACAGACAGACCAGCUUGGCAAAUAGUGUACGGCUUGGUUAUCAACAUUUACAAGCACUUCGAAGUAGAGCCCGUUAAUAAUAAUAAUAAUAACAAUAAUAAUAAUAACAAUAAAUAA